AUGUCGGAUAAAUUAGAAUAUAAUAAUUAGUUGGUGCAAUAUGGUUUUUAAGGCAAGCAAUUUCCAGUGUCAAUUAAAGCAAAAUAACUAUCAAAUUAUCCCCUUGUUAUGGCAUCGCUAUUAGUAAUCACAAUUAAGUUAUAAAAGUAAAAAUAAUUCCCACGUAAGAUACAGUUGUAGUCCCCUUUGAAUAGGAAGAUAUCAAAUCAUUCAUUCAAGAAAUCAUUGAGUAUUAAAAGGAUUUCCACUCCCAAGAGGAAAAACCCAACUUAUGAAGACGCAUUAUUCAUAACGUUGAAACCUCUGACAUUUAAUCAGAUAAAUGAUUCAAGAGCCUAGACUGCUCACUAGUUUAGACCAGAAUAGGACAGUCUAAAGGACACUGGAAAAUUAUGGUCUUGCCAAUCAAAGAGAGCAUCCCAUUUUUUUCGUUCAAGAAACAGAUCUGCUCACUGUAAUUAGAAUCAACAAUAAUUCAAAAUAACUAGAAAUGGUAGAGUGGAAUUUUUAUGA